AUGGAAACAACUACACGAAACAUCGUACUAUUUUAUGAAAUUAGUGAAAUAAUAAGUAAUUCACAAUUUCCUAAUAAAGAUCGAAUUGUGCGAAGGCGUUAUGUAAAAGGUGCUAAUCAUGCUGGAUACAAUGGAUUUCGUCGUCGUAAAUUACAACCAGUCAUAGAAAACUCAACACCAAAUAAUCGUGAUAGCAGAUUUUUAUCGAUUUUUACCGUGGUCCAAUUUGAAAAUCAAGAAUGUGUUUCAUCCUCCGGAGAUAAUGGUACUUGCUUAACUGAUAUCGAAUGUGCUAGUCGUGGUGGUGUUUCCAGCGGUCCUUGCGCAGGCGGUUUUGGUUCAUGCUGUUUAUUUAUGGCAACUUGUGGUGGAAUAGCUGCACAGAAUGGAACAUACUUUGUUAAUUCAGGAUAUCCAAAAAUGUAUGAUGGAACUGGAUCAUGCCAGUUAACAUUACAAAAAUUACAUCCAAAUAUAUGCCAAUUUAGGCUAGAUUUUGAUCAAUUUACAAUAAUGGGUCCUGAACCAGUAAAUAAUAUUUGUAAUAAUGAUCAGUUUCUUGUAUCAGGUGGAAACCCCGUACCAAUAAUUUGUGGUCGAAAUACUGGAAGUCAUAUGUACAUAGAUGCAGGUUUGGGCGUUAUUAAUCCAAUUACCUUAACAUUUGUCACGAGUGGUCCAUCGUUUCCCCGAUCUUGGAAAGUAAGAGUUUCACAAAUUGAUUGCAAUAGCAUUUAUCGAGGCGACGAAGGUUGUUUACAAUAUUACACAGGUAUUUCAGGAAUGGUUCAAAGUUUCAACUAUGAUCCAAAUACUGGCUUACAAUUAUCAAAUCAAGAUUACAGUAUAUGUAUUCGAUCAGAACGGAAUUUUUGUGGGAUUCAAUACACAGCUUGUGAAGAUGUAGAUCCAAUGAACAACAAUCGAUCCAGAGCCUUUACACUAUCGGGAAAUUCCAAUACAGCGGUGCAAGCUAUGGUUGGGAGCAGCCCUCCACCAAACGGAUGUAACGCUGAUUGGCUUGGAAUACCAUGUGCAACUAAUGUUGGUCGACCACCAAAUGCAAAUACUGGAUGUGUGGAUCGAAUAUGUGGUGGUACUUUUAGUGCCGAAAUUUCAUUAAUGCCAUCAACAGUAAUGAGUACAGUAAAACCACUUCGUUUAGUUUUCCACACGGAUAGUGUGGAAUCACCAACAGAUAUAAAUAAUCGUGGAUUUUGUUUGAACUAUGUUCAACAACCGUGUACAAAUGUUUCCGCGUAA